UACGACAGGUUUUAAAACGACCCCACGUUCGUCAUGUUCUAUCUGGCAACCCUGAUCUCAGCUGACCGCUAGUGGAAGAAGAGAAAAGAGAAGAUGGAAGGGAACCGAGAUGAAGCCGAAAAAUGUAUUAAAAUAGCGACGAAAGCCCUCGAAGCCGGUGACAAAGAGAAAGCCCUGAAGUUUCUGAACAAAGCAGAGAAGUUGUAUCCAACCGACAGAGCCAAAGUUUUGUUGGAUGCUUUAACAAAGAAUGGGAGCUCAGCAAGUAAUGGUGCACACUGCAGGAAACCAUCAGAGCACUCAGAAACGACUGGUACCAAAACAGGAAGACAGAACCAAGAAACUGGAGGGAGUGACUCUGCAAAAGGCUUCACUCCAGACCAGGUGGAAGGUGUGCAGAGAAUAAAGCGGUGUAAGGACUAUUAUGAAGUACUUAGUGUCAACAAGGAAGCUAAUGACGAGGAGCUGAAGAAAGCCUACAGGAAAUUAGCUCUAAAGUUUCAUCCAGACAAAAACCACGCACCCGGAGCAACAGAGGCCUUUAAAAAGAUUGGCAACGCCUACGCCGUGCUCAGCAACCCAGACAAGAGACGGCAGUACGACCUGACGGGUGGGGAGGAGCCGAGCAGCCAGAGCCAAUCACACAGAGGCUUUGACUUCCACAGGGGCUUUGAAGCCGACAUCACACCUGAAGACCUCUUCAACAUGUUCUUUGGAGGCGGCUUCCCAUCCUCUAAUGCACACACGUUCACUAACGGGAGGACGAGCUACAGCCAUCAGACGGACUACAGACAAGAGAGGACAGAGGAAAGGGGAGAUGGCGGUUUUUCAAUGUUCAUCCAACUGAUGCCCAUCGUGGUCCUAAUUUUAGUAUCAUUACUGAGCCAGAUGAUGGUGUCCCCUCCACCCUACAGCCUCUAUUCUAGACCGUCCACAGGUCAGACUGUAAAAAGGCAGACGCAGAACCUGCGUGUCGAGUACUACGUGACCCGCGAUUUCCAGUCCGAGUUUAAAUACUCAGCUCUGCAACAGAUUGAGAAAAAUGUCGAAGAGGAUUAUGUGACUAAUGUUAGAAACAACUGCUGGAAAGAGAGGCAGACAAAAACAGACCUACUUUAUGCUGCGAAGGUAUACAGGGACGACCGAAUGCGUAAGAAGGCAGAACUCAUGACCAUGGAUAACUGCAAAGAGCUGGACAGACUAAAUAACCUCUUCAGAGGCGGAUAAAUAAGAAUAAUUUUAGAAUAUGUAAAUAUGAAUAGAUGUCUAUGUUCUUUUUUUGUAAAGAGAGAGAUUUUACAUUAGGAGAAAAGUCUUAAAAAGAAACUGGCCCUGUUUAGGUUUGAAAAAAUCCUUCAUAUCUUCCUAACAAACUACUCUUCUUCCUCACUGAAUCACCGUGUUGCAUUGUAACGAACCAGUCCACUCGCUGUUGGAUCGUUCCAGGGGUUCCUUCAGUUUUUUUUAUGUUUCUUUUUUUGUGAUUUUCUGGAAAAUAAGGAGGACAAGAACACUUGAUUGUAAAGACGGCUUUUCGCAGUUUGUGAGAACUAAAAGGGGACUUCUGCGCAAAACAAUUCAACAAACAGAAGAGUUUGCUUGUUCGUGCAGAAUCAGGAGGAAUUCAGCAGGUUUAUCUGGAGCCCGUCUUCCAGUCAAAUCUGUCUCAUGAAAGAACAAAAGGACGUUUUAGCUUCCUCCUCACCCUCCACUUGAAGAUCAUUCCUUCAGAAGAAACGUUCUCCUGCAUAAUGUGAAACUGGCUGGGACUAAACAGACAAUGAAGCUUUUAUUCAUAAAUGGUUGUACAUUUUCAUUUUUGAAUGUUUAAAGUUAAUGCACUUAUUUAAGUAACUAUAGAUGAAAGAAGUUUCCUCUUCAGUGCUCGCCUAAUCAUUUAAAUAAAGUAAAAUUGGUACCAUACACUGAAA